UUAUACGAUAUUAUAGUCACAACUGUAUUGUGAAUGCAUUUCAUAUGAAAAGCAAUGAGUGAUUGAGUGAACACUUUAUGGAAUAAUCGCAUUCAAGACUCACUACAAUCCAUACAUCUGAAGUUGCACUAAAGGCGUGAUUCAGGUGCCCAUAGAUAGAGGCGGAUAAAGACGAUCAAUAGGAUCAGCAUAUAAUGAAUACGGUAUUUGUACCAGGAAUGGGAUGGCAAUCUCAACCUCAACAGGGAAGCCAAUGUCCUCCUCAGCAACAGAAUAAUGUUGGUCCCACUCAACAACAAUUAUCAGUCGUUACGACCGUAUGGGGCGUCAAAACAAAUAACACAAACGGACCACCAAUGACACACACAUACGGCAACACCACUGGCCCUCCAAAUAACAUUCCCUCUCAAACGUCCGGUGUUUCUUAUGGUGGACAGACUGGUCACGACGGUUACAAUUCCUGUCCUACCACUCCUAUGCCUCCACACAAGUCUUACCAAACACAACCUAUCUCUCAAAGAGGACAGUCUGGUCCAGGAUAUGCCGGACGCAAAAGGAAACAACAGUCGUCAUCACCGACCGACCACUUCCACCGAUACGGCCCACAGACCACGGCUACAGCCAUGUCGGCCGGUAUGAACACUCCUAUGUCUACAGCAACCAACGGCGCUAACGGUGACUUUCAAGGCGGUCAGUCAGCUUUAAGUACAGCAGCACUGGUAGCCGCCGCUACCGCUACGGCUACUGCAACGGCCAGUGUUGUUGCUAUGCAAGAAAGGCAAGAGGCUAUUAUGAAUCCACAAUACGGACAGAUGCAAGGAAUGCAUGGACAGGGAUAUCAAAAUAAUACUUAUAUUUCACAAAACAAUCAAAGGAUGAACUCAUGUCCACCAAAUACUAUGAAUAAUGCAAUGGUUGGACAUAUGAACUCAAUGUCCAAUCAAAUGCAUAAUCCAAAUAUGAUGAACACUACUAAUAAUAUGAAUCAAUCGAUGCCUAUUAAUGGUCCGAUGGUUAUCAAUAAGACUAUGAAUAAUGGCAUUCAGUCAAUGCCACAAAUGACAGGACCAUCAGCUGCUAUGUAUGGCGGAGGACCGCGAGCACAGAGACCUGGUCCUUAUCCUAACAAUCCGCAACAAUAUAUGACUCAAAAGAGACAAUAUACAACUAAUGCAAAUGUUCAACAAUACACUUCAGGACCAAUUAUGCAAUCAUAUGGUUCAGUAUCACAAUCAACUGUUCCUUACAAUUCAAAUCAAUAUUCAACUAAUCAAGGAAUGCAAUAUAAUAAGCCAGGCAUGCAAUCAAUGCAUUCACAUCCACAACAAUCCCAUCAGCCACAGCCACAGCCACAGCCACAGCAGUACAAUCCCGCUAUGCAAUCGGUUCAACAAAUGAAUAAUUCUUCGGCCAAUAAUUACCAAAAUCAAGUCCAACAACCUAUGAAAGCUACUAUAAGAGGACAGACACCACAGUAUCAAAAUCAGUACUAUGGCCAGAUUGGACAGGUUGGACAGGGAGGCCAAAUGAAUAACAUGAAUAACAUUAAUAAUAUGAAUAACAUUAAUAACAUCAAUAAUAUGAAUAAUAUGUCAGUAAAUAAUUCAAUGAAUUCAAUGAAUCCAUCGCACAAUGUGUCACAACAAUCGCAAUCACAAUACGAUCAAAACUAUGGCACUUCUCAAUACUCUCAUCCAAAUAACUUUCACCGAACAAUCAAUAAUUAUCAACACUCACCCAUUCCUGGCAAUCCAACGCCCCCUUUAACACCGGCAUCUAAUAUACCCCCAUAUUUAUCCCCUACAAACGACAUUAAACCCUCAUUUCCAGAUAUAAAACCUCGUUUGCAGACAAGAGAUGAAGAGCUUAGGCUAACAUUUCCAGUCCGCGACGGAAUCAUAUUAGCCCCCUUUAGACUCGAACACAACCUCGCCGUCAGUAACCAUGUCUUCCAUCUCAAGCCAACAGUUCACGAGACACUUAUGUGGCGUUCAGACCUCGAGCUUCAGCUCAAGUGCUUUCAUCACGAAGACAGACAAAUGAAUACCAAUUGGCCGGCAUCUGUUCAGGUGUCUGUCAACGCCACACCACUUGUCAUCGAUAGAGGAGAGAACAAGACAUCACACAAACCGUUACAUUUGAAAGAAGUGUGUCAGGCGGGCAGGAAUAUGAUUCAGAUUACUGUCACUGCUUGUUGUUGUUCACAUCUAUUUCUCCUUCAACUGGUUCACAGACCAACAGUCAAGUCUGUACUUCAAGGCUUACUUCGUAAACGACUUCUACCACUUGAUCAUUGCGUUACUAAAAUUAAGAGAAACUUUACGAAUGGCGCUCUUCCGACAAAUCAAAGUAAUCCAACAGGAAUUGGAGUCGAGGAUGGGGUCGAACAAACAGCUAUCAAAGUUUCUCUUAAGUGUCCCAUUACUUUCAAGAGGAUUACAUUACCCGCCAGAGGACCAGAUUGUAAACACGUUCAGUGCUUUGAUUUGGAAUCCUAUUUACAACUAAACAGUGAACGCGGGUCCUGGAGGUGUCCCGUUUGCAAUAAACCCGCUGUUCUCGACGGCCUCGAAGUUGAUCAGUACAUAUGGAGUAUAUUGACGACUCCGGGUGCCAGUGAUUGCGAUGAAGUGACAAUCGAUGCGUCGGCCUCUUGGAAACCCUUCCACACUAAAGGUUUUAAAGAAGAACACGACGGAAUAGAUCCCUGUAUGGUUUCGAAACGAUUCAAACCCAUGUCUCCUUCAAGUAUGACUUUACCGACAUCAAGCUCUUGGGAAAUGGGACAGGGAUUGUCACCAUAUAAUCCAAUACCCACUCCAGAUAUGAAUACGAUAGCCAACGGUUCUGUAUCUAACGGUCCGAUGAUGAAUGGCUACAACAACUCUGGUUUAGUAAAUGGCUUUGAUUUUCAUUCUUCUGCAUCCGAUUUCACUCCACUAUCACAUGACGGCAACGAAAGUAUGUUAGACCCGAUCGCAGCAAUGGAGAAGUCUUUGAGUCAUCACGAGCAGCAUAUGGGCCCCCCCGCCUUCAAUAGUGAUAAUGGUGUCACUAACAGACAAAUGUCGCACAAUAACAAUAACAGCAACAAUAAUACGAGUAACACCACCCCAUCUACACCACAUCCACCGACAGCGCCUCCGGUGCACAACAACAAUAGCCACGGACCAAAUACACCUAACACUCCAUCAUCAAUGGUAACUCAUGGCGGACCUAACACUCCUCAUACCCCUCAUACUCCUCAUACGCCCCAUACACCCAACGGUGCCGGUAAUACUGGCGGACCUCCGAGUGUAACUCCAUCAACAGGUCCGGCUAGUGUUGAGGCAGUUAAUCAUAACACAAGCACACAAUCAAAUAAUUCAUCGAUAUCUCAUUCAAAUGAUUUGGGUGAUCUCAACUUUGAUCCCGCGGCCAUCAUUGAUGGUGAGGGUCAGGGCCAAGAAGUUCUUAACUUGUUACCCGAGAAUGGUGUCGAUGCCAUGGAGUUAUUGUCAUAUUUGGAUACUCCAGAACAAAGCGCUGGCAACUCAUCCUUAAGUAAUACAGUUGUCAACGGAAGUACAAUCAGUUCCAACAAUUCUUCAGUAAACGACGACUUACUCUCAUUGUUUGAAACGUAAUCUAAUUGUCAUUACGUUUAUAAAAAUACUAUUUACU